AUGCCAAUACUCCCUACGACGGCUCCGCGUAGUAUACAUGUAUCUGCUAAACGAGGUCGGCCUGCAUAUUGGGCAGCUUCUGUUCCAUUAUUCUUACGGCGAUUGUUCAGAUUCCCACAAAUGGUGGACUUUGAAUUCGCCCUUUGGCAGAUGUUUUAUUUAUGUAUAGCACCGCGAAGAGUAUAUCGAAAUAUUAUUUAUCAUAAACAGACGAAGAAUCAAUGGGCAAGAGACGAUCCAGCCUUUGUAGUGAUGUUAUCGUUUUUCCUCGGAUUAUCCGCAAUUGCAUGGGGUUUGGUAUUGGGCCAUGGACUAGUUGGAAUUCUAAAGAUGAUGACAUUCAUGGUGUUUAUUGACUUUGUUGUAGUCGGGAUGGUUAUUUCAACGCUGUGCUGGGUAUUUGCCAAUAGAUUUUUAACGCAUAGACACACUAUACAUGCAGUGGAACAAACAGUUGAAUGGCAAUAUGCUUUUGAUGGCGGCCGAACUAAAAAUGGCCAUGAAGACCAUGGAACUAAACCUGAAGUGGUUUUUUACGUUCGGGUGUUUGCUGGUGGUGGGCGUGAUAGUGUGGACAUUGGGAGGGAGAAAAUAACAAUCAUUAUCCGAACUAAAAAUGGCCAUGAAGACUAUGGAACUAAACCUGAAAUGGUUUUUUACGUUCGGGUGUUUGCUGGUGGUGGGCGUGAUAGUGUGGGCAUUGGGAGGGAGAAAAUAACAAUCAAACUGCACCUUCAAGUGGGCGGGUACAUCAGCAGCAUGACAGCAGCGCAGCAGUUCAAUCGCUUCGUGCGUCUUUCACACAUCGACGGAACCGAACGUAAAGUCCCAGGAUAUUCUCAAGAAUAUUAA